ACUUUUGUUGUAUUCAUUUCACUCAUCUACUUCUAAUCUGCCAAUCUCACUCUCAGUCGUGAAGAUCGGAGUUUUAAAUUAUUUUCAUUUUCUGCAAAGUAGCUUCAAAGGAGCCACUCUUUGAUCGAAUAAACCGCCAAAAUUUUUGAAAAAAUGACCAAAUUUGAACACGAAUAAAUCUCCUACCAUACGCUGAUACAAAAUGACAUCAAACAGCAAUGCAGAAUAUUCUUACAUCGAAGAGGAAGAAGUUGAAUUACCUGAAACUGGAUUUGAGACAGAAUGGGCAGAGAUAGGAAAUAUACAGAUGGAAGUAGAACCUGAUAUUCAAACAGAUGAAAAAACAGAAUUAAACGCUCAAAACAUCACUGAGAAGAAAAAGACGAGAAAAUCACUGAAUCGCUCUGCAGCGGAUAAAUCCAUAGUAAAAGUAAUACCAAAAGAUGAAAUAAUGGAAAACUAUACUGUCUCUACAUCACUAUCUUUAUACGACGGAAAUGCUCUGUUCGACGGGACUUUUUUCACUUUCGUUAACGAAUAUUAUGUAAAAGAUAGUUUGAAACAAAUAGCAACGAGGAAAUUUAAAGGCAAAUGCGAAUUAUGUCAAGUUCCAGCGUUUAUUGUCGGUAGUGGAUCCAGCACGUACAAUUUUCUUCGUCAUUUAAGGCGUAAACAUGGAGAAGAAGUAUACGAGUCGUAUCUAUCGUAUAAACAACUUAAGAACCCUAAAACUCGAAUCAAGAUCAAGAACCGUGUUUCCGCUGCGAAAAAUGUUACUGCUGAUGUGUCUUCUGAGUCUGACAAUCUUGUCGGUACGGUUACAAUGUAUGUUGCUGACGAAUUUGUAUGGAAAGAGUUCGGAAAUCCUAGAAAUAAACGAUCUCUCAAGUCAGUUAUUUUAGAAGAUGGUGUAUCUGAAAGAAUAUUGGACGAUGUGCGUGAUUUCAUUCUGAAUCCUUCAUGGUAUCAUGAUCGAGGUAUUCCUUAUAGAAGAUCGUUUUUAUUACAUGGACCUACUGGCUGUGGUAAAUCAUCAUUCGUGUUUGCUUUGGCUAGUGAAUUGAAUUAUGGUCUCUGUGUCUUACAUACCUAUGAUGGCGAAUUAACCGAUAAUAAGUUGAAUUACUUGUUAAAUACUACGCCGGAAAAUUGUAUCAUUCUGUUAGAAGAUAUCGAUGCUGCUUUUACCAAAUUAGAGUCAAGAGACCACAGUAUAUCUAGUCGACUCACAUUGAACGGUAUACUUAACUGUUUGGAUGGUGUUACUGCUCCUGAAGGAAGGAUAUUAUUUAUGACUUGCAUCGAUAAAAAAAGGUUAGAUCCUCUGUUGUUGAGACCUGGUCGUAUCGAUGUCAAAGAAUAUUUUGGAUUUUGUUCUCAAAAUCAAAUAGUACGAUUAUUCAAGAAGUUUUAUAAAAGUUCUGCAUCAAUCGCGUUGGAAUUUAAGCAAGAAAUUAUAAAAAGUGGCAAAAAUGUUAGUCCUGCUCAGUUACAAGGAUUUUUUCAAUCCCACAAACACAGUGAUUUGGAACGAUUGAAGCUGGAUAUCCACCAGAUUUGGGAUUUCUGACUGAAUUUUUAUAUUGUGAUAAUAAAAUAAGUUUCUGUU